AGAUUGCAUUACUAGGCUUUCUUGGCAUUUCUUCAACACAUUUGUUGCGUGCUUUUUUGUUAAAAACAAAGUUCAGAAACUUAUCCAAAAGCAGUUCUGUAAAAAUCCAUUAAGAGUGUUUCGAAGAAAGUUUGUUCAUUAAUCACAACUACAAACAAUUUUUUUAAAGAUAAUGAUUAUCUGUUUCGAUGGAAGUUUUAUAAUUAAGUUCAUCUUAUGUUCUUUUUUUCCUGACUAUUGAAGUAAAUAAACGAAAGCCCUGUUUAGCGAUAAAAGCAUCUUCAAUUGCUAUUAACAACUGAUGAAUAACUCGAACUGUACAACUGACAGGAAAAAAGUAUCAAUUAUUUUUUUCGCUACUUGGUUACUCUUCCCCUACUGGCUAUCGCUGAUAAGUAGAGCCUACUCAUUUCUUCGUAGUCUCUUUUAACACCUUAACUUUUAUACUUCUUUCCUCUUUGUUUUAAAUGUAUAAGAGGCUCAGCACCAACUUGCUUUCGCUCGCCAAUAUCCAAAACUGCUUGAGGAAUUUUAUUCAGAAAGCUUCAAUGAUUCAUUUAUCCUCCAUCAAUCAAGAUGGAAUAAAAAACUAAGAUGACUUCCUUCAUUUGUUACUUUUUAUUUCUGGUGGCAUCAGGCCAAGCUUUUACCCAUAGACUGCGACGACAAUUGGAUGUUCCUCAUUUUUCAACACCCAAUGAAAGUCCCUUUUUUCUCAUUCAACCCAUGAGUAUGGGAAGAAGACGACUUAUUUUGACUUUACCCAACGACAAUAUCGAGAUAUUAAAUGCUGAAGCUACGCCUGAAAGAGGACAAGCAUUCUUACCAACUACUCUUUCUCUUCGAGAAUCUGACUCAAAUAAUCGACAAAGUUAUCCAAGAGGGAGCGCUUCUCGUUCCAGAUUUCAUUACAGUGAAGAGCAUCAUCCCAUGGAGACCAGACAUCACAAAGGAGCUCAGGUAACUUUCAUCAAGGCUAAAGGAGGAAAUAAGCCAAAAUAUGUUCACGCCAGAAAAGUUAUGACUAUGUCCUACAAUCCAAUGAAAGCAACGAUUAUUAAACCACAAGAAGCCAAAAGAGUAAGAGUUAUUGAAACAGAAAGUGAAAGUGUGACUCCUAUGAAAGCUCGUAUCAUCAAACCCCAAGAACCAAUGAUUUCCAUUGGGUAUAAAGCCAAAACUAAGCCUGUUUCAUUUAAAAAAGGCCACGUGGAAGAAGACUGGGCUGAUUCCAAUAUUCAUUUGACCAAGACUCUUUUGCCAGAAACUCCUUUGUCGGAAACUAGAGAUGAUAUGCUUCUUAAUUGUGGAGGAACAAAUGAUUUAGGUUGGUGUGAUCUCGGAACUAAUUAUCCUAACAUUGAAGUGUCACAAAUUAUGGAUGUGUGCGAAGAACUUGUGAAUAAAAUGUUUGUUGAAGUCCCGGAUGUAGAAAUGGAAGAUAUAGCUUCCUAUUCAUUGUCGAGAAAUAUCACGCAGCAAAAGAAAUAUUAUCCUCGAAAUUCAGAAAGUGUGCUGCUUAAAAAAAGCCUCUGUGAAUUAGAAAGAGAAAUUAUUCAACCAAGUUUUGCUCAAGAUAUUGAAGGAAAAUGGCACGUUAUCAUUCAAACAGAUGAAUUCCCACAAAGAGUUAUUUUAGAAGUUUGCAAAAAUCCAGGAGAAAAAUGCAAAUCAUGCAACAGUUUAGUUUCACAAUGUGUUCAGAAAUAUAGUCACCAUAAAUUACUAAGUUUUGAUCCAGAAAGUGCAGAAACAUGCCCUUACAUUCGACUCUACAAAUUUCCAACAGCCUGCGUCUGCAGAAUUAAUUAGAUAAUUUGACUUUUCUAUUUACUACACCGUUAUUUGACAUCACAUUAAAGAUAACACUAUAAUGAAAACAAUCGUAUAAACAGAAGAUCUGAACUAAGGUUUUAACAGCACCAUCAAGGAGGGAAGUUUUUUCUUGUUGCAUGCCUCGUAAAUAAAGCUUUAAGACUAUUUAAUCAGAAUUUUCUGAAAAUUGCAGAAUAUUUUAAAUAUAAACGAAACAUUCCCGUUGAUAUUUGAAAACAAAUUGUAAGAAACAAUUGUAAAAAAAUAUAGUAAGAUGAGUUUUUGAGGUAGUAUUUUUUUUAGAAGAACAUAAAAUAAUCAGAAAAUAUUUUCUCAACAAAAUUAAAAAAAAAUUCCCGUUUAGAGUAUACCCGCCCCAUAACUAAAUAUUUACUGGAAUUGUGAGUAAUUAAAAGAUAUUUCUAAACAUAAAAUAAGAGAACAGUCCUAAUUUAUAAAUUCAAAAAAAAAAAAUAAAUAUUAUAUAUUAAGAUGCAAGCGUUGAGUGUCUUUUGUGUUGGUUUGAUGAGGUUUUAACUUGAUGAGUGUCUUAACUUGAAGAGUUUCUCGAAUAUAGUUAAUGAAUGAAUAAUUCUAAUGUCCAAAGUAUUACUUUCGAAGCAAAUUCAACGGGAAUAUUAAUUACAGAUUCAAUGUAGUAUUUUAUUUCAAGAAGCAAGUUUUCUUUCUUUCCCAAAGAAAAUUGUUGUCCAAUGACAGACUUCUCAUUUCAGCAGAUAAUUUAUAGCAUCACUAUACCUAUAUAAAUAUGCUCAAUUGAUACAUCAGACCAUGAACAAAGUACAAAGUAGUGCGAAAAUAAGAACUUUGACCUGCCAUUUUUUACCAUAUUUAUUUAUUAUUAUUUUCUUGUUUUCAAGAAAGAAAAUUGUGAUCAUUUGAUUUGAUACACAUUAAAGUAGCGUAGCUGGCUAUGCAAUUUUAAUACAUAGUUGAUAUUUAUAAUUUAAGUUAUUAUAUUUACCGCACUUCAUGAAUAUGUUGAGAAUCAUCAACAGAAAUUGUUCAGAUCCAUGUAGAUUGUAUAAUAAAGAAUUUUUCUCGUA